UCUCUCAUAUCAACUAACUCUCGAAACUCGAAUACAACAUCCGGCGUGCCGGCGUCCAUAAUAUUACACCACACUAUACAGUAACAACUCACUACAGACUACAGUUGGCUCUUGCCUUUCAAUUCGUUAACUCGUGGUUAUUUAAAUUUGUGUGUAAUUAACAGAUAAAAUGAGUGGUGUAGCUCCUGUGGGACCAAACCCCUGUACCUUGGUAUGUCCAUCUUGCCGAGCUACAAUCAAGUCCAGAAUCAAUCACAAUUCUACCACAAAGACGCAUGUUAUUGCGCUUCUUCUCUGCCUAUUCUUAUGCUGGCCGUGUGUUUGUCUUCCAUAUUGCAUGGACUCCUGCAAGAAUGCUGACCACUACUGUCCCAGCUGCAACGCGUAUUUGGGAACUUAUCAGAAAUAGCCAGUCUUCUUUGCCGAAUUACAUUUCCUAUUAAAUAAUUGUAGUUUAUAAGAGUAUUGAAUAUGAAGGGUAUUUAAAACGGUCGGUGUGCUUUUAAACAGAGCCGCAGGUAUAACUUUUAAUAGUUUUUAUAACACGGGUGUUUUAAUACCUAGUAAUUUGUAUGUCUAGUGUACAAAUACUUCUUCUACUCUCGUGCAUUGGGACUGAACCUACUAAGAAAAACGAUCUAAGUAAGAAAUACCUUAUUGCCUAUUAUAAUAAUUGUAAUAACGUUUUGUAUGUUUGUUAGGCAGCAUUCGUAAAAAUUUAAAUCAAAACCUUAUUGUAAUGUUAAAGAUUUUUCCUGUAUCGUAUUAGUAAAAAGUAUACCUUAACUCUCAUAUAUAUUUGAGAAAUAGUCGUGAUAUCACAUUAUGAUUUUAUUUUUAAUAACAGUAUUAUUUUCAAGUAUGUCAAUUAAAUAUUCGUUUUAGGCUAAUAAUUUGUAUAAUAUUUUAGAAUAUCUCAUUAGUAGUAGCUCGCUAGAAGGCAACAAAUAAACUUUACCUGAAUCUGGCGUGAUAAUUGUCUCGACAUUUUCACAUCUGAAAUUAUGAUACAAUAUGAGAGUUAAUUAUAUAAGAUAAUAUAUCUGGAUGUCUUCGGAUUUUUAACAGUUUUUCGUACUAUAUAGUAGUAUAGUUCUUCCUAAUUUAUGUAUAAAUAUCGUCUCAUUCAUCAUUUCAUAUUUUUUCAAUAAAAUUAUAAACUAUUACGUCAUGAUACGCUUUGGUUUGAGCACACAAAUACUUAAUUUACAAAACCGAUUUUAAAUAUCAUUACAAGUAAAGGUAAUAAGGUUAGUCAGGUUAAGGGCUCGCUCAUAUUAUUACAAGCCGCACCGUUUUGCGUUUAUAACAUAAAUCCUUCAUCACCUUAUAUUUUAUACUAGCUCAUACCCGCGACUUCGUCCGCGUAUAACAUUACUAAGCACGUAGUAAAUAAAAAACUCUUUAUUACUUAAAACUUUAUUAACUUUAUAUUUAAUGAAGAUAUCGCCAUAUUUAUUCGCUAGAUAAGAGCCAAGUGUCUAAGGAAUAAUAUAUCCAAUAGUUUUUCCAUGAUGCGCGCACAAAUGAAAACCUCUGUUAGCUAACCUAUGUUAACAACUGUAGUUAAUCUACCAACUAUAGUUAGGAUAGAAAUAAAAAUUCUAAUUAGUUAUUUUAAACUUUUCUUUAAAUUAAUUGAUUUCUGAACGACGGGGGACACAUCAAAGGAAAAACAAAAUUGUUGCUUUUAUUUAAAUCCGAGCAUUUUCAUAUUAAUUUACCUUUUAAACCUUCUCUGGACUUCAACAAAUAAUACAAGAACAAAAUUGGCCAAAUCGGUCCAGCCGUUCUCGAGUUUUAGUGAGACUAACGAACAGAAAUUCAUUUUUAUUUAUAUAGAUAGAUUAUGAACUAUCCCACUUGAACUUUGAACGUCAAAAACUACCCAUUCAAAAUAGACUGCCUCAGACCCGAGAAGAAUGCGCGCAAGAAACUCAGCGGGCUUUUUUUAAUAAAAAUGUGGAUAACAAUAUAAUAUCGUACAAUAAACAUUUAUAAUUAAAGAGCCUGAGGGUGUUCGCUUGAUUCCUAGUCUGUGGUAUCAUUAAGAAAAUGGUUUAUGCUAUAGCAACCUUUUUUUUACAAUUCUUUUCAUUUUCGUAACACAUUUCUUUUGUACAUUUUCUGGGAUCAUGUUAUAAUAGUAUAAAGUAUAUACAUCGCCGCAAUUGCUGACCGAUUCAAUUAUUGUGUUGCGGCGCAGCCCGGUGUUACUUCUAAGGACAAUUUUGCAAUGCGGUGCGCUGCGGCUUAGCUGUAGUGUGUGCGAGGCCUUAUAACAAUCUGCAAAAAAGGCUCUUGACGUCACUGACAGCUAACCGCACCUUGACAUUAUUGUACGUAACUUAAUGAACUCUACUAUAUUAUACCACUGGACUGGCGGCUGUCAAAGUGCUUUUGUGCCUAUUUGAUAUUCGCCAUUUUGGCGCUGUUGGCCAUGUAGCGAGAGUCUACGGCACUAAAACUAUUGAAGACAACCUCAGCAAAUAUAGCUAGAUGGUGGGAAACUAUUUACAAAAAAAAAUUGUGUACUUUAUUCCGUUGGUUCUUGAAUUAUAAAUAACACGGAAAACGAAUGAAAUGAAUUCAAUAUGCAAAAAUACUUCAGAGUAUUGUACGUUCCUUUGCAGCCAUUUGUAUUAUACAUCAAAAUUAGUUAUCUGGACACUCGCGAGUGGCGCUUCAAAUAGGCACAAAAUAAUUUUCUGUCAAACAUAUGGAACAGCCUGUCCAUUGGUAUAUCUACAGAUCAGUGACGUAACUUUAAUUUACUGUUUUCAGUCCGGGAAUAUCAUUCUUAUUUUCGUUAGCGUAUGUAUUGUUCGAGCUCUAAGAAAACACAUCAAAAAUAGUUAAAAUAAAACGGAUACUGCAAUUAGUUUAAAAGGUAAGUUAAAAAAUUUAAUAUUAUGUAAGAAUAUAUCUUUACUUCCAUUGCAUUCAAAGUUAAACAAUAUAAGUUGUUAAUCUCCCAAUUGUGUUCCGAGUAUCUCACUUAUAUGAACUCACAGACAAAUGUAGCAAAUGUGAGAUUGUGUCAAGUGGGGCAAUCUAAACGAACAGAAAUUCAGGAUGGUUUAACGUGCUUGCAUUUCUCUUUGUGUUAGAGCUUUGAAUUUCCAAGAGUAAAAUAUAAAUCCACUCUGAAACAAAAUAAAAUAUAUGAAGCGGUUCUUCUGAAUGCCAAACGUUGCGGUUUCCUACUUAAAUAUAAUUUUAGUAUUUUUUAAAUAAAGUAAUAAUGUUUUUAUGUAUUUUCUACGAUAUUUUAUAUUUAAAUAUAAAAGAAACUUGUCUUUAUAAACUUUACAAAAUAUAACGAGGGAUGAAAACAAGCCUUUACAUAACUAUAUGUUUUGUUUUGCAAUUUUCAAAUUUUUAUAGUAAUAACACGGACUAGUAAAAAAAGAAUGACUCCGCGCCGUGAUAUUAGCAAGUGAAGCACCUUUAUGCUAGUGUGUGUGCAGUUACGGGGUUUACCAGAUACACAAUUUUUUCUCCUUUAUAUAAUCAUAUAUCCACAAAUACUUUUAUAGUAUUGUGUUUAUACUUUUUCACAACGCACGACAGCAUUUUUAAAAUAUUUUAUUGCGACGCAAAUUGAUCUAUUACAGACGAUGGCAAAUCUCAUAAUGGCGGCCGAUCGGCUUGUAUUAGUGUAAGUGUAUGCGUGGGGCUAUGUAAAUACAUACACGUUUACCUGAGUUUACACGAGUCCUUCUUAUUUUACUCGUCCGUGAGUAAUAAUAAUGUCAAACGAUUUUCAAUUAAAUCUACUUAAACUCGGUCAAAUAAAUAUUGGUUAAAUAAGUAUUAUAAAUAUGUGAGAAGGCACUUACAGUUUUAUUGCAAGAAGAUAUUAUGGAUAUAAUAGAAUACUGAAUUAGUACUUCAGAAGGCCAGAGGAUUAUAAGUUCUUACUUAUAAUCGUCCUGGUGUAGGUGCACCACUUUUCGCCAUAUUUUGAAAACAAAAUUUGCCGAAACAUCUAGAAUUUUCUACACAUAUCUUAAUUUUAAUGCAAAAAGUGUGAGAAUAUGUAAUGUAUUCAAAUAGUUAGUUCUGAUAUAAAUAGCGUUAAAGAUUUUUGGCUAAGCACUUUUGUAAUUGUAAUGCUGUGCAUGAAUUUGGAAAACAAAUCAUGGUUUUUAUUAAAUUAUAUUUUUUAAAUAUUGUAAUAUUAAAUUUGCUAUCGAAUCUGCCAUUUCAUACUUAUUUUAGAGUUGUUAUUUUAAUAAUAAACUAUUAAAAUUAAUAA